GCAGAGGUACGCGUCUCCACUUUAUUAAAAUAUAUAUAUAUUGUCUACCAGUGGCUCACAAUUUACACAUCAACACAACUCUGAUACAUAUUCUCUAUUAUGUCAAACAAGAACUUUAAUUCCAAAACUGAAGCUGAGGAAGUCGCUACUUACUUUGAAAACGAAAUCAAGGGAAAGACCGUCUUGAUCACUGGAUGCACAUUCGGUGGUCUUGGUUAUGAGACCGCAAGAGUGGUGUCAAAGCACCAUGCUGGCUUAGUUAUUGUUGCUGGUAGAAAGCAAGAGGCGCUCGACGAUGCCAUUGAAAAGAUCAAGGCAGAGACUCCUUCCGCUAACUUACGAUCCCUCGUUAUUGAUCUCGCCUCGCUCGAGUCGGUCCGACAUGCUGCUGCCGAAGUCAACACCUAUCCUGAAGCUAUUGAUGUCUUGAUCAACAACGCCGCUAUCAUGGCAUCACCAUAUCACACCACCAAGGAUGGAUUCGAAGCUCAAUUCGGUACCAACCACAUCGGACCCUUCCUCUUCACCAACUUGAUCUUGCCCAAGAUCCUUGCCUCCAAGACUGGUGCGCCACGCAUUGUCAACGUUUCCAGCAACGGUCACACUUUAUCUCCCAUCCACUUCGACGACCCAUUUUUUGACAACGGUAAAGCCUACAACAAGUGGUGGGCAUAUGGUCAAUCUAAAACUGCCAAUAUUCUGUUUUCUCGUGAAUUGACCAAGCGCUACAAGAGCGCAGGGCUUACUGCCUUCAGUCCUCAUCCCGGUGUGAUCUUCACUAAUCUUGCUCGUGAUGUUGAUAUGGCCGAGUUCUCUGUACCAAUAAAGGAUUACGAAGGUAAUGUACUUCAAGUCAGCGAAGCGGAUUUCAAGUCUCUUGGUGCAGGUACUGCAACUCAUAUUGUUGCUGCCUUUGACCCAAACAUUGCUUCGGAGUCUGGAUCUUAUAUGGAGGAUUGCCAGAUUGCUAUGGAUCAAGCUAAGCCAUAUGCCAAAGAUGAUACAGAGGCUGCCAAGCUGUGGGCAUUGAGCGAAGAGAUUGUUGGACAGAAGUUCUGAUUGGUUACUGUAGUAAAUCUCAACCAGAUGUAGCCCAUAGUCAUUAUAGAUCGAUACCCAGCUGUAAAAAAUUGUCCAAAUUCUUCUUCGUAUUUUACGGCUGAAUAAAUAAUAUAACUAACUGCAUUAAAUCCCGUU